GGGAGGCCGGCGGAAGCGCGCGCCACGUGGCGGGGAGACGCCCAGGGCGGCGGCGUGGCGGCGAGGCCUCGGGGCUCCCUGAGGGCAGGGCCGGGCCGCCGAGGGAGGCUGGGCGCGGGCACGGCUGUGCCGCCCUGCGCUCCUCACACGCGGCAUGUUGCCGUGGACGUCGCACCCGUGGGGCGCGAGCGAGGAGACAUCAUCGUCGGAGGAGCCAGGCCCCUCAGGGGGCAGUGACCAGAGCGAGGCCUGGAGUUCCGGAGAGGAGGCCCCGGGGGAGCUAGGAACACCCCCGCAGGACAGCCUGCAGUCCCAGGCCUUCAGUCCUUCCUGGAUCCGGACGGAGCAACUGGUGCCCCGGCCAGGCCCGGCUCUCGAGCAGACCCCAGGAGCCCCAGUUUCCCACCAGAUGACCUGGGACGUGGCCCCCUCAAGGAUGAGCCUGCUAGCACCCUGGGACCCCAACUACCAGGCCCCAGCAGGACCUCGGCUGCUGUGGGGGGCCGGCGGCGGGUCAGGCACCUUCUCAGACCGGACCUUGUAUCAUCCGUCCUUGUGUCCGCUGUACGAGGCCAGCUCCAGCAGGCGGCUCAGGCCCCCGGUCCCUGGCCUAGGGCAUUGGAGUGGCGAGCAGGUGCCCGGGGGCGCAGGGUUCCCAGCGAUGUGCAGGGAAGAUGUCUUUCUCUCAGACCCUCUGCUGCCCCCGGGGCGACGGGUUCCCCUGUACCUGUCUGAGGCCACCCAGCAGGUCAUGAGCUCCCAGAGGCUGCUGCUCCCGCCCCCUAUCAUGUCCUCCUGGGUCCUCCCCACCCAGUCCCAGGGCCGCUCCACCACCUGGCUCAGUGGCCCAGAGCUGAUAGCCCUCACUGGGCUGCUGCAGAUGAGCCAGGAGGGGGCCAGACCCAGCUCCUCGCAGGCUCCCCUUCUUCCUGUGGGCCCCCCGAACCCUGCCGCUCACCACGCAGGCCCCUGUGGUAGCCAGGGCUGUUCUCAGUGCACAGACCCAUCUCAUUCACAGCCCCCAGGCCCCCAUUUUCCAUAGCCCCUCUGGGGGCACAGCCAGCCCCCCACUCCCCCACACAGGUUCUGUUGACAAUAAAAGUGUCGGCUUGCAAAAUAGGCUUCCUGUGCUUUCUGGCCCCCUCUACUACAUCGC